AUGACCAGCUAUGGGGGCCCGUCCAUAUUGAACCCUGAAUUUAGACGCACUCUCAGUGGUGUCGUUGGUGUCACUGGCCCUAUGCCGAUGGUUUCCCCGCCUGUCCCCGAUGCCUCUGCCCUGCGAACCACCGCCGCCAGAUCCAACGGCCCGGUAUUAGGAUCUCUCUUAUCUGGUCCUGGGCCUAUCCCUGGCCCUGGCGCUCCUCAGGGGCUGGACGCCGACAAGGCUCAGCCAAUGAAAAAGCGAAGAGGCGGGAACCGGAGGGCCUGUAACGAGUGCAAGCAGCAGAAGCUUCGAUGCGAUAUCGUCCAAGUCCCGGCAUCGACGUCAGCCCGCUCGCCCUGUUCGCGAUGUAAGAGGUUGAAUAUCGACUGCAAGGUAGAGCAGUCGUUUAAGCGUAUUUCAAAAAGACGUCGCAAUGCAGAGAUGGAAAGAGAGAUUGCCGACCUUCGUCGUCGACUAGCCACCGGCGAGCGCGCCGAAGGCUUGGUUGAUGGCGACGGUCACGAGAUGAACCAUUCUUCUGGGGAAGUCUAUUAUGAUGCUCAUUCUCCGCCUACUUCGUCACGAGCAUCUGUCUCGGUUGAGCAUCAGCCAUCCCCGUUGAGGCGGUCCUUGGUUCCCACGGACAGUCCCAUGUCCCACAGCGCCAAUGCAUGGGUUCUCGAGGAUAUUUCGCUGUCGAAGCAGCGUGUCGAUCGGCUUUUUGACCAAUACUUUAAAUUCUACCACCCCUUCCUUCCGUUGCUUGAUCCAACAAAAGAUCCUGAAGAAUGUCGCAGUUGCUCCGAUGUUCUGGCAUGGACAGUCAUUUGCGUGUCCAGCCGACGCUGCCCAUACGAGUCUGGAUUGCUGGUCUCGCUCUCCGCCCCUUUUACUAUGCAGCUGGGUUUGCAUCGUCCGGUGCAGCCAGAGGAGUUUACUACGUUUCGAAUGGAGGUCAGGGGAGAGGAGCUAAAGGAUCGUCUACAGACGUGGGUUCUCUGUAACCUCGUUGCACAAAACGUCGCCACUGGAUAUGGCCAACCGCCGAGCACCAUCUACGACUGGGCUUUGGAGCCCGCCUCUCUCAGAGCAGCUGAUUACCGGCUGCCGGAUGAACUCAAGGUCAGAUUGCGGAUUGAAAAGUUCUGCGACCGAGUGACCAGAAGCCUAUACAACGGCCGACCAGAGCCGUCGGAAUUCCUGAGCAUGGACAAAUUGCUUCUUGUCGGAAUUUUAGAGAACGAAUUGAAAGAGAUGGAAUUGGAUUUCGGUGAUGACCUUUCACAAAUCAACUUGAUACACUUGCGAGCGGCAAAUUUGCAUCUUCGAUACUUUGUGUUCUUGAGCCAAAAUGCCCGAAGCGACGAUCUCACGAAUUUAUUUCUUGCAACCACAUCCUUCCUCGGACGGGUGCUCGAACUCGAAACAUCUCCUGGAAACCUGCUCAUCCAUGCCACCAACUACAUCCUCCAAAUGAUCGUCUCGGCUGCGUUCGCCUUGAUGAAAUUGCUCAAAAGCUCAUUUGCGCGACAAAUCGACAUUGACCAUGGCAAAUUCUUGUUCAACGGCGCAAUCUCAUCGAUCCGCAGGAUCAGCGUCGUCGACAAUGACCGACCCGUUCGCUUGGCGAACGUCAUUUCUCAAAUGUGGAACGCAGGUAGUUCAGGCGACGAUGCGCUCCAUCUCGGGAUCCGAAGUCGAAUGAGUAUGAGCCAUGUAUACGACACAGUAUGGCGCUGGCGACGACGAUUUCGACAACAAAAAGCCCCUGACGACUCACAAGGAAACAUAACCCAACCACAAACCACAACCGGCGUUCCAGGCCCGCAACCGGAUCAUACCCUAAACAAUGCAUCGUGGAUGCUGCCCACCAACUUUGAGGACAACGCGUUUAUGAGCGAAGCCAGCUUUUCGGACUUUUUCGAUUCGCUGAAUUGGGUUUUUGACGGUGUGCCUGAUUCUAUUAUUGCGCCGCCUGUUCUAUGA